GUCAAAUCUUCAACAGUGAAGCUAAGGACCUGUUUUACCUACUCUGCGCAGAUAUGUCUUGUUCACAUGGUACUGCACUCUCGGGAAUGAAGUUGAGUAUUCGAUAUUCGAAUACGCACUGACGUAUGCGCUCGCUUGAACUGUUGAUCGCUCCCACCGGCUCGAUUGGCUCCCACACGCCGGGCUGGACUAUUGCCAUGUUUCUCAUCUCCUGAACUUAAUUCUCUUUUCAGUUGAUCCUGGCCUCUUACUCCCUUAAAUGGACUUCUCGGCAUGGGGUAAAGUUGCACUCCUAACCGGGACCACAGCAUCCUUGUGCCAUCUCACUAUCCUGCAACUAAGACUUGGCGGAGCUCUUGCAAUUGAUUGCACGAUGAUCACUGGGUGUUGGCUUCUGGUCUGCUAUAUUAUUCACUCGGAAGGAAAGCUUGAGCAAAGCGACGUUCUCGUCUCAAAACAGACGACAAGUCACAUGGCAGGGUUUGCCAAUCAAGAGCCAACACAAAUAAAGCAGGAGAGGGAAAAUGAAGGCAUCUUUUCCAAAUGCCAGAUUGGUGUCAAAUCUCAAGAACAGCCCAAUUCUUUCCCGCCAACUACGCCACCAACCAAGUUCCCAGAUUUCUUCGAGCCAGACGUGGAAUCAAACAUGUCUCAACUCAGUCGCCUCAGAUCCAGCAAGGAGGAGUUGACAACUGAACUCGCAGAGUCCUUUCUGGUGGUUGAAUUCCAGUCUGAGAUGAAACGAGCUGCAAUGGAGUUUUAUUUUGCGCAUCUUCGCACGGAUAGGAUUUGUGGGAGCGAUAAGCAUGUCGGUGAAGCGGCAUAUUUGAAAGCUAGGGAUUUGUUCAGGGAUAUAAUAAGAUUGCAUAAGGGGAAAGAGGAUGUUAUCAAAGAAUUAGCUAUAGAGAUUGAGGGAGUGGAGGAGAGAUUGAGACAGGAAGCGGAGAAGGAGAGAGAGGAGAGAAGGGGGAGUGGGGAGACGCUGGUCGAGAACUGUGAUCUGUAUCAGGUGUGAGGGG